AUAUAUUACCCAAGUUCCACGAACACAGCCCCAACACUCUAAUCACCCACAUCCAUCCCAAUGGAAAGCCUAAGCCUCUUCUUCCUCCACCUCUUCUUCUUCAUUCUCUUCAGCCCUUAUUCUGUAACUGCUCGCAACCAUGUCAGAGUCAGCACCGUCGGCGCCGAGGCAUCUGAACUACGAACCUAUGUAGUCCAUGUGCAGCCGUCAUUGUCGACCGUGUUCGCCACCUCCACCGACCGGGAGACGUGGUACAACUCCUUUCUCCCGAAGACCCCCGCAAGAAUGGUCCACAUGUACACCAAUGUGGCCAGCGGCUUCGCCGCGAGGCUCAGCGAGCAUGAACUGGAGGACAUGAAGAAGAAGCCCGGAUUCCUCCACGCCUAUCCCGACCGCCUCUAUUCCCUUCAGACUACACAUACGCCGGAAUUCUUAGGCUUGCAGCUCAACAGCGGGUUCUGGAAUGAUGCCAACUAUGGCAAGGGGGUGAUAGUCGGAAUGCUUGACACCGGAAUCUUCCCCGACCACCCUUCUUUUAGUGGUGAUGGGAUGCCACCGCCACCCGCCAAAUGGAAAGGGCGGUGCGACUUCAAUGCCAGCCUUUGCAACAACAAGCUCAUCGGUGCGAGGACAUUCAUCAGCGGCGCGAUGGCAAUGAAAGGAAGAGGUGUCGCAGCGGCACCUCCGGUUGACGACGUGGGGCAUGGAACCCACACUGCGAGCACAGCGGCGGGAGCACGAGUGGCGGGUGCUAAUGUUCUAGGAAAUGCUAAGGGCACCGCCGCCGGGAUGGCGCCUCUUGCCCACCUCGCCAUCUACAAGGUGUGCUCUGAGUUCGGCUGUGCUGACUCCGACAUAUUGGCUGCAAUGGACGCAGCAGUCGCUGAUGGAGUCGACGUGCUGUCGCUCUCCAUCGGAGGAGACUCCGUUCCAUUUUACCAAGAUUCGAUCGCAAUUGGUGGUUUUGGGGCCAUCAAGAAUGGGGUAUUCGUGAGCUGUGCUGCCGGUAACUCCGGCCCGAAUGUGAGCAGUCUCUCGAAUGAGGCCCCAUGGCUCCUCACGGUGGCCGCAAGCACCAUGGACAGGAACAUAAGGGUGACGGUGAAGCUCGGCAAUGGCCUAGAAUUCAAUGGCGAGUCGCUCUACCAGCCAGAGUGGUACAACCCGACCUUCUAUCCUCUAGUUUAUGCCGGUGCCGGCCCAAAGCCUGAUGCCAUCUUCUGUGGCAACGGCUCCUUGGAUGGCCUGGACGUAAAGGGUAAGAUAGUGCUUUGCGACCGCGGUGGCGACAUCGCCAGGAUCGACAAGGGCGUAACCGUGCAGGGUGCGGGCGGUGUCGGCUUGAUUCUGACAAACGGACGUCUCGACGGAUACAGUACCCUUGCAGAUCCUCACGUCCUGCCGGCGUCCCACAUCGGUUACUCCGAUGGAGUGAAGAUCAAAUCCUACAUCAGCGCUUCGUCGAACCCGACUGUGUCCUUCAUUUUCAAGGGCACCAUUCUCGGGACAUCGCCGGCUCCGGCGAUCACAUCAUUCUCGUCCAGAGGACCGAGUCUGGCCAGCCCAGGCAUUCUGAAGCCGGACAUCACUGGUCCAGGCGUGAGUGUUCUGGCUGCAUGGCCUUUUGAUGUCGGGCCUUCGACCGUAAACAGCACCGGUCCGACCUUCAACAUAAUAUCCGGCACCUCCAUGUCCACUCCUCAUCUCAGUGGCAUAGCGGCGCUGCUCAAGGCCGUACAUCCGGAUUGGCCCCCGGCUGCAAUCAAAUCGGCGAUCAUGACGACGGCCGACAUACUGGAUCGUAGUGGGGAGCCGAUUGUAAACGAGCAAUACCUCCCAGCUAACCUCUUUGCCGUGGGUGCUGGCCAUGUCAACCCGGUUAAGGCUAAUGACCCGGGGCUAGUCUAUGACCUUAGUGCGGAUGACUAUAUUCCGUACCUCUGUGGCUUGGGCUACACGAGCACGCAAGUGACCGCAAUUGUUCGCCGGUCGGUCAAUUGUUUGGUGGUCAAGAAUAUCACUGAAGCUGAGCUCAAUUACCCAUCGAUCUCGGUGUCGCUUGGUGCUGCCACGACGUUUAUCACCGUGGAACGGACUGUGAAGAAUGUUGGGGAGGCAAUGUCGGAGUACUUGGUAGAGGUUGAUACUCCUUAUGGAGUGGAAGUGAGUGUCAGUCCGGUAAAGCUCCAGUUCUCGGAGGUGAACCAGGAGAUGAAAUUUUAUGUGACCUUAUCAGCGAGCAGCAGCCGUGGCGGUGCGAGGUUUUCGCAGGGCUACCUGAAUUGGGUCUCGGAGAAGCGGAUGGUGAGGAGUCCGAUCUCUGUCACCUUCAGUAACUAGGGCACGCUGUUCACGGGGAAGUUCCAAUGAGAGAACGGAUCCCCCGCGGUGCGCGCACGACAACGCAGUGUGCUGUGUACCUUUGGAUGCCGUCGCGGACGAGCAGUUGUGACGCUCGCGUCUGUUGGUUUUGUUUUACAUUAUCAUGCAGUUAUGCACGGGCAUAAUGGAUGACAUGCCUUUGAACAAACAAAUUUUGAGGUGUGAGUCAAGUGGUUGACGUGUUUGCUAGUGGGGGAUUUGGAAGGGAAAAGAAAAGAAAAGAAAAGAAAAGAAAAAAAAGAGAACCACUCUA